CACAAUCCGAGCGUAGUCGGUAAACGCAGCUUGCGUAGGAACCACUGCACCUGAAAACAUGAGAGUGUUCAUAAGCAUGACUAUAUCAAUGGUGGUCGGAUUCUGGGUAUCGGCGUUUAAAGCCGCUACGACUUUCGUGCAUUCUCUCGGUGACGCUAUACAGCAUCGUCUCUACAACUCUCCCGCUAAGGCCGUUGAGCCGAGCAAAGGGAUAGAAACAUCUGCUGCAAAGGUUGACUCUCCGACGGAACGGGGAUCCCGAGACCGGGACCUCUCGAGCGAGUCACGUCCUCCGGCUCCUAGGCGCCGCAAGCUGGAGCACCCACUGGACCAGGAUCUGGAUCCGGCUCUGGAACGGGAUCAGCCUCUGAAACGGGGCAUUCUCGAAAGUGGAAGAAGUGUUGUCGAUUCGGGUGUGGAUUUAGUAUCUGGAAUACUGCGAGCACCAGUGAAAAUUUUGAGAAGAGCAAGGAAUCGCCACACGUAAUUCAGUAACGCACGGAAUUCAAAGAGUUCGUAAACAAGAAGACAAUGUGUGACUUACGGCACUUCGCUGGAAGCAAGUCUCAGGUGGCGCCGAUAAUUCAGGGCAGCCUCAUCGGACAGCCGCAAAAAUUCGUUAAUAUUCGAACACAUCCUCGAUUAUGUCUGUACAUUUACAUAAAAGAGUUUACCAAGAUCAAGCGGACAUCACUUUUGUUCCCUUACUUACCUUAGGAUUCCACGAAAAAGAUGAGUUCGUCUUAUUCUUGUGUUGUUUUUUUUUAACAACUGUCUUGCCUUGUUUAUUUCCAGUAAUUAUCUGCCAUGACAGCCUUGCAUGAAAAAGAAAAACGCUUUACUCAAUACGUCUCCUCAGCAUCUCCUACACUUCCUUUAUUUGUACUUGCGUUGUUGUUUUACAUGUUAUUUUUUUUCCGUACAGCAUUAUGAGAAUUAUUAAGCAUCGCCUACACUUCCCUGAUUUGUACUCACGUUCUUGUUUUACAUGUUAUUUUUUUUACAAACAGCAUUAUAAUAAACAUUGUGUUCAGACACCUUUA